GCCGGAGCUGACUAGAGACCCGGCGGCGGUUGGUUGUGGCUGCUGAGAAUCUAUCCAGGACCUUAAGAGGCGGCGGCGGAGGCAUCCACGGCACCGGCAGAGGCGGCGACAACGCUUGAGGCGGCGGUCCAACGCGUGCUCUCUGGGCGGGGUGCGGCGGGGGAUGUGCCUGCCCAGGCCGGGCGGAGUCUCUCUGACAGGGCGGGGGAUGCGCGGCGGCCGCUCGCCCGUACCCUGAGGCAGCUGGGCCCACCCUGCCGGAACCGUCCGACCCUCGCUGGCCCCGGCCUCUGCUGACUCCUGCGGCCUGACCCUGGGGCCGAGGGUGGGAGGCAGUUUCCGCCUUAGAGGAGGGGGCUGUGGUGGCCACCGCGGCGGAGCCCGAGUUCUUUUGCCACGAAAAUGGUUUGCACCAUCUUGAACACGUACUAUCCAUGCUGAUGGGACAGGAUCCAAUAUGAAUGUAAAUGAUGGAGGAAGACGACGCUUUGAGGAUAAUGAACAUACAUUACAUAUAUAUCCCGGGAAAAUUUCAGAAGGGACAAUCUACUGUCCAAUUCCUGCCAGAAAAAAUUCCACAGCUGCUGAGGUGAUUGACUCUCUUAUAAAUAGACUUCAUCUUGACAAAACAAAAUGUUACGUUCUAGCAGAGGUAAAGGAAUUUGGUGGAGAAGAAUGGAUACUCAAUCCAACAGACUGUCCAGUUCAGCGAAUGAUGAUGUGGCCACGAAUGGCUCUGGAAAAUCGCCUGAGUGGCGAGGACUACCGCUUUCUUCUGAGAGAAAAAAACCUUGAUGGGUCAAUCCAUUAUGGUAGUCUUCAGUCAUGGCUGCAGGUAACAGAAGAACGGCGCAGGAUGAUGGAACGGGGUUUUCUUCCACAGCCUCAGCAGAAAGACUUUGAUGAUUUAUGUAGCUUACCUGAUUUGAAUGAGAAAACUCUCUUAGAAAACCUACGAAGUCGCUUCAAGCAUGAAAAAAUUUAUACCUAUGUUGGCAGUAUUCUAAUAGUUAUUAACCCGUUCAAGUUUCUUCCUAUUUAUAACCCCAUAUAUGUCAAAAUGUAUGAUAACCACCAAUUGGGAAAACUUGAGCCCCACAUUUAUGCUGUGGCUGAUGUGGCUUAUCAUGCCAUGCUUCAGCGCAAAAAGAAUCAGUGCAUCGUGAUUUCGGGAGAGAGUGGUUCUGGGAAGACCCAAAGCACAAACUUUCUUAUUCACCACCUUACUGCUCUCAGUCAGAAGGGAUUUGCCAGUGGCGUGGAACAAAUUAUUCUUGGAGCUGGACCAGUACUUGAGGCGUUUGGAAAUGCAAAGACAGCUCAUAAUAACAAUUCAAGUCGUUUUGGCAAGUUUAUUCAAGUAAAUUACCAAGAAACAGGCACUGUACUUGGUGCCUAUGUUGAAAAAUAUCUGCUGGAGAAGUCCAGACUCGUUUAUCAGGAGCAUAAUGAACGGAACUAUCAUGUAUUCUAUUACCUCCUGGCAGGAGCAAGUGAAGAAGAGAGAUUAGCAUUCCAUCUUAAACAACCAGAAGAAUAUCAUUAUCUCAAUCAGAUAACAAAGAAACCCCUCAGACAGAGCUGGGAUGAUUAUUGCUAUGACUCUGAGCCGGAUUGCUUCACAGUGGAGGGGGAAGAUUUGAAGCAUGAUUUUGAACGCUUACAACUGGCCAUGGAAAUGGUAGGAUUUCUUCCCAAGACACGAAGACAGAUUUUCUCUCUUCUCUCAGCAAUACUACAUUUGGGUAAUAUCUGUUAUAAAAAGAAGACAUACCGGGAUGACUCCAUAGACAUUUGUAAUCCUGAAGUUCUGCCUAUUGUCUCAGAAUUACUAGAAGUUAAAGAAGAGAUGCUAUUUGAAGCAUUAGUUACGAGGAAGACUGUGACAGUGGGAGAAAAGCUUAUUUUACCAUACAAGCUGGCAGAGGCCGUGACAGUGAGGAACUCCAUGGCCAAGUCUUUAUAUAGUGCCCUAUUUGACUGGAUAGUUUUUCGGAUUAAUCAUGCACUUCUGAAUAGUAAAGACUUGGAGCAAAACACCAAGACUUUGUCUAUUGGUGUUCUUGAUAUUUUUGGGUUUGAAGAUUAUGAAAAUAACAGCUUUGAGCAGUUCUGUAUUAAUUUUGCUAAUGAACGUUUACAACACUACUUUAAUCAGCAUAUCUUUAAAUUGGAGCAAGAGGAAUAUAGAACUGAAGGUAUCAGCUGGCACAAUAUAGAUUAUAUCGAUAACACCUGUUGCAUAAAUCUUAUCAGCAAGAAACCAACAGGACUGCUCCAUCUUCUGGAUGAAGAAAGCAACUUUCCACAGGCUACAAAUCAAACAUUGUUAGACAAAUUUAAGCAUCAACAUGAAGAGAAUUCUUACAUUGAAUUUCCAGCUGUGAUGGAGCCUGCUUUCAUCAUAAAGCACUAUGCCGGGAAAGUAAAAUACGGGGUAAAGGAUUUCCGGGAAAAAAAUACAGAUCAUAUGCGCCCUGACAUUGUAGCUCUUCUGAGAAGUAGCAAGAAUGCAUUUAUUUCUGGGAUGAUUGGAAUUGAUCCAGUAGCUGUUUUCCGAUGGGCAGUUCUCCGAGCUUUUUUCAGAGCCACAGUUGCUUUCAGGGAAGCUGGGAAAAGACACAUUCAGAGAAAAACUGGACAUGAUGAUACAGCGCCAUGUGCAAUUUUGAAAAGUAUGGAUAGUGUUAGCUUUCUCCAACACCCAGUCCACCAGAGGAGCUUAGAGAUUCUGCAGAGGUGCAAGGAAGAGAAGUACAGUAUAACCCGGAAAAAUCCCAGGACUCCUCUUUCUGAUCUCCAGGGCAUGAAUACUCUAAAUGAAAAACACCAACAUGAUGCAUUUGAUAUUGCCUGGAAUGGCAGAACUGGAAUUCGCCAGAGCAGACUAUCAAGUAGCACCUCCUUGCUUGACAAAGAGGGUAUAUUUGCUAAUUCAGCUAACAGCAAACUCUUGGAAAGAGCCCAUGGAAUUCUCACGAGAAACAAAAACUUGAAAUCCAAGCCUGGCCUUCCAAAGCACUUGCUAGAGGUAAAUUCUUUAAAGCACCUGACAAGACUGACCCUCCAGGAUCGUAUUACCAAGUCUCUUCUUCAUUUGCACAAGAAGAAGAAACCUCCCAGCAUCAGUGCCCAAUUUCAGGCCUCCUUAAACAAGCUGAUGGAGACACUUGGUCAGGCAGAACCAUAUUUUGUCAAAUGCAUUCGCUCUAACGCCGAAAAGCUGCCGUUGAGGUUCAAUGAUGCCUUGGUACUUCGACAGCUUCGAUAUACUGGGAUGCUGGAGACAGUGCGAAUUCGCCAGUCAGGAUACAGCUGCAAAUACUCUUUCCAGGAUUUUGUGAGCCACUUCCAUGUACUUCUUCCUCGAAAUAUUAUUCCAUCCAAAUUUAACAUCCAGAAUUUCUUCAGGAAAAUAAAUCUUAAUCCAGAUAAUUACCAAGUUGGAAAAUCCAUGGUGUUCCUGAAAGAGCAGGAACGGCAGCAUCUGCAGGAUCUGCUUCACCAAGAGGUGCUCCGCAGAAUCGUGCUGUUGCAGCGAUGGUUCCGGAGCCUGCUAUGCAGGCAGCAUUUCCUCCGUCUGAGACAGGCGUCCGUUAUUAUCCAGCAAUUCUGGAGGAAUUACCAGAAGCAAGUCAGAAAUGCAUCUGUGCAGAAAGAUGCUUUAGUUAAAGCUAGUGCAGCUACUCUCCUCCAAGCUUCCUGGCGUGCUCACGUAGAGAGGCAGCGGUAUUGGGAGCUGCGGACUGCAGCCAUCAUCAUUCAGCAGAGAUGGCGGGAGCACUGUAGGCGGAGGCACAUGGCUGCCAUCUGCAUACAGGCAAGAUGGAAAAGCUACAGGGAAAGUAAGAGGUAUCAAGAACAAAGAAACAAAAUUAUCCUUUUGCAGUCAAUAUGUAGAGGAUUCAGAGCAAGACAAAGAUUUAAAGCUUUUAAAGAACAAAGACUAAGAGAAACAAAACUAGCACUUGGGUUGAUGAGUAUUGAGCCCUAUGGAGCUCUGAAAAUUCAGGGUUCAGACCCGUCAGAAUGGGAGGAUUGUUCCUUUGACAACAGAGUAAAAGCCAUAGAGGAAUGUAAAUCUGUGGUAGAGAGUAAUCGUAUUAGUUCAGUGGACUGCUUGAAGGAGCCCCCAAACAAGCGACAGGAGAGAGCCAUGAGCCACAGUGGUGUGGACUUGCAGGAAGAUGUGAUUGUAAGAGAGAGACCCAAGUCCUUGGAGGAUCUCCACCAGAAAAAAGUAGGUCGGGCCAAAAGAGAAAGUCGGAGAAUGAGGGAACUGGAACAAGCUAUAUUUAGCUUGGAGCUGCUGAAAGUCCGUUCUCUUGGUGGUGUGUCUCCUUCAGAAGAACGUAGGUGGUCUACAGAACUGAUGCCUGAGGGCCUUCAGUCUCUACAGGGGACACCUGACAGUGAAAGCUCUCAAGGAAGCUUGGAACUUUUGAGCUGUGAGGAAAGCCAAACGAGCAAACGGGAGUCCUUAAUUUUAGAUGAAGGAGACUUGCAGUUUCUGUCACCUAAGACACCUAGCAGUCCAAAACCUGAUUCACAGGGCAGUGCCCUCAGUGCCUCACAUGAGACUGACUACUCACUGAUUCAAAAGGGGGCACCUUCUGACUCAGUGCAUUUGAAGAAUGGGACUACGAAGGAAAACCUGGUCUGCAGCUCUGAAUCUAUUUUGUGUAAGCCACAGCUGAGAGAUUCCUUUAUUUCAAAUAGCCUGCCUACAUUUUUUUAUAUUCCCCAACAAGACCCACUGAAAACGAGUUCCCGACUAGAAGCAAGUAUCCAGAGAAACAAACUAUUGGAAAGUGAAGAAACACUUCCAGCUCUUACUUUGGAUAUCAACAGGGAAACCAGAAAGUAUCACUUCUCAGUAGAAAAUCAAGGUGUUGCUUCUUUGAAUACAGAUUCUUCUAACACUGUGCUGAAGAAGUUAGAAAAGCUAAACACUGAGAAGGAAGAAAGACAAAAGCAGUUGCAGCAGCAGAAUGAAAAAGAGAUGAUGGAACAGAUUCGUCAGCAAACAGAUAUUUUAGAGAGGGAGCGUAAAGCCUUCAAGACAAUUGAAAAGCCAAGAAGUGGGGAGUCUUUCCUGGUACCAUCUUUCCAUCAAUCAAAGCAAAGAGUAGAUAGGCCAUCCUCUGUCAUCCUGAAUACCCCAAAUAAAGAAGAACCCAGUGUACUACGGCCUCCGUCAGUAACUGUAAAAGAUGCAGCUCUUGCUCCAAAAGACAGUUCCUCUGUUCACUUACCCCCCAGGGACCGACCCGUCACCCUGUUCUUUGAAAGAAAAGGAGGUCCAUGCCAAUCUAGUACGGUCAGUGACUUAUCCAGGACAGACAGAAUGUGCACCCAAGUGAAUGUAGCCUGUAAACUCUCUAAUAGUCGCAUUUCAAAAAGAGAACAAUUUAGGCCAACUCAGUCUUAUGGCCACAUGUCUUAUGACCCUUCCAGAGAUGGAACUACUAGAGCCAUUUUCUUCACGCCAAAGGACAAUAUGAAUAUUUCCCUUGUCAACAAGGAAGCCUUAAACAGUGGAAAUCCUCAACUCCAUAAACAAGAUGAACCAACUUGGAAACCUGUGAAAUUAACUGGGCCGGGCCAAGGAGAGCAGGUUGCCAGACCGGCCCAUAAAAAGAAAGCUCGAAUGGCGCGGACGCGCUCCGAUUUCUUGACUAGAGGUACUUUGGCCGAUGGGGAGGGGGAAACAGAGGAAGAUGAUUACGAUGACAAUGUUGAGCCCCUUCUGUCCCUUGAGCAGCCUCCUCACUCUGAGCGAGGGCCUGCACCCAGCCUGGGGCAGGCCUCUCACAGUGACUCCGAAAUGACAUCACAGCGAUUUUCUUCAGUUGAUGAAGAAGCAAAGCUUCAUAAGACUAUGUCUCAAGGAGAGAUUACGAAGUUGGCAGUGAGACAGAAGGCUUCAGAUACGGAUCUAAGACCUCAGAGAGCUAGGAUGAGAUUCUGGGCCAAAGGGAAACAAGGGGAGAAGAAGACUACCAGAGUGAAACCUGCCACCCAUUCAGAGGUUUCGGCACUCUUUCCUGGUUCAGAUUCGAUUCCAGCUCAUCCGUUUCCAAACGAAUCAGCUCAUCGUCACCCAACACCUCCUUUGAGCCCAGAGCUGCCUGGUAGUUGCCAGAAGGAGUUCAAGGAGAACAAAGAGCCUUCUCCAAAGGCGAGGCGCAGGCGCAGUGUGAAGAUCAGCAGUGUGGCCUUGGAGUCUGUGCAGCAGCAGAACGAUUCCAUUCAGAUCAUAGCGAGCGCCAGUGAUUUAAAAAGCAUGGAUGAGUUUCUUCUGAAAAAGAUGAACGACCUAGAUAAUGAAGACAGCAAAAAAGACACACUAGUGGAUGUUGUAUUUAAAAAAGCCCUGAAAGAAUUUCGGCAGAAUAUCUUCAGCUUUUAUUCAUCUGCAUUGGCGAUAGAUGAUGGGAAAAGCAUACGGUAUAAAGACCUCUAUGCACUAUUUGAGCAGAUUCUGGAAAAGACCAUGAGGCUUGAGCAACGUGAUUGGAAUGAGUCUCCAGUCAGAGUUUGGGUCAACACUUUUAAAGUGUUUUUAGAUGAAUAUAUGAACGAAUUCAAGACUUUGGAUUGUAUACCCACAAAGGUGCCAAAAACAGAAAGAAAGAAAAGAAGGAAAAAAGAAACUGAUUUAGUGGAAGAGCACAACGGUCACAUCUUUAAGGCCACUCAGUACAGCAUCCCUACAUACUGCGAGUACUGUUCUUCUUUGAUAUGGAUAAUGGACCGAGCCUCUGUGUGCAAAUUAUGCAAGUAUGCUUGCCAUAAGAAGUGCUGUAUGAAAACCACAGCCAAGUGCUCUAAAAAGUAUGAUCCAGAGUUAUCAUCUCGACAAUUUGGGGUUGAAUUGUCCCGUUUGACCAGUGAAGACCGAACUGUUCCUUUAGUGGUGGAGAAGCUCAUAAAUUACAUUGAAAUGCACGGCCUGUACACAGAAGGCAUUUACCGAAAGUCUGGUUCAACUAAUAAAAUCAAGGAGCUUCGACAAGGUCUAGAUACAGAUGCUGAGAACGUAAACCUGGAUGACUAUAACAUACACGUCAUUGCAAGUGUUUUCAAACAAUGGCUUCGUGAUUUGCCCAAUCCACUCAUGACCUUUGAACUCUACGAGGAAUUUCUUCGAGCGAUGGGUCUUCAGGAGAGGAAAGAGACAAUCCGUGGUGUGUACUCUGUGAUUGACCAGCUCUCCCGAACUCAUCUCAAUACGCUGGAACGCCUCAUCUUCCAUCUGGUCAGGAUUGCUCUGCAAGAAGACACUAAUCGGAUGUCGGCUAAUGCUUUGGCCAUUGUGUUUGCUCCCUGCAUUCUCCGCUGCCCUGACACCACUGACCCACUGCAAAGCGUGCAGGACAUCAGUAAGACUACCACCUGUGUAGAGCUGAUUGUUGUGGAACAAAUGAAUAAAUACAAGGCUCGUCUCAAAGACAUCAGUAGCUUGGAAUUUGCUGAGAAUAAGGCCAAGACCAGACUGUCACUGAUUCGCAGAUCAAUGAAACCCGUACUAAUUGCAGUUAGAUUUAUGAGCAUUACCCGCAGUUCAGUCUCGGGAAAGGGGCGCCUUCGUCGAGGAAACUAUCCAGGUCCGUCCUCUCCUGUUGUAGUUCAGUUGCCCUCCAUGUCCGAUGUCCCAGAAGAGACGCUGACUGGUGAGGCGGCCAUGGAGACGGACAUCACAGAGCAGCAGCAGGCAGCCAUGCAGCAGGAGGAGAGGGUGCUGACAGAGCAGAUUGAGAGCCUGCAGAAGGAGAAGGAGGAGCUGACAUUUGAGAUGCUUGUCCUGGAACCACGUGCCUCUGAUGAUGAGACACUUGAGUCGGAGGCCUCCAUUGGGACUGCUGAGAGCUCAGAAAAUUUGAAUAUUGAGUCUGAAGGUGCCGUCUCUGAGAAAUCAGUAGAGAGAAGCUUAGCGCUUACCUCCCUGAAGGCAGCUGGCAAGUCUGAACCUUCUAGCAAGUUGAGAAAGCAGCUAAAAAAGCAGCACGAGUCUUUGGAUUCGGCAGACUCGUCAACCUCUUCUUUAUGUUCAUCUAACACUGCAUCUUCUCAUGGGACCAGAAAACGAUUUCAGAUUUAUUCCAAAUCUCCAUUCUACCGAGCUGCCUCUGCCGGUGAGGCCCUGGGAGUGGAAGGGCCACUGGGCCAGACCAAAUCCAUGGAAGACAGGCCACAGUUCAUCAGCAGAGGAACCUUCAACCCUGAAAAGGGCAAACAAAAAUUAAAGAAUGUGAAAAACUCACCUCAGAAAACCAAAGAGACCCCAGAAGGAACCGUUGUGUCUGGCCGCAGGAAAACUGUGGACCCAGACUGCAGCUCCACCCAACAGCUAACGCUCUUUGGAAAUAAUGAGUUUAUGGUCUGAGCUGGCAGAUGUGUGUUCCUUCAUGGCUGUGGUAAACACCACAGUGGUAAACACCUCUCAUGAGUGGUAAACACCUCUCAUCUCCGGGGCCUCUUCUGAUCACCUCGUCCACGGUCGUCCAUCCUAAGUGUGGGCCUGCCUCGUGCCCAGGCACAGAACCGAGACCUCGGGUGCUGAAUUCCUGGGCCUCCUGCUGACAUGGAAAGGCCCCUUUAAGCCUGCGGGGUGGUGCCAGCUGUGCCUUGGCUGUUGAAUUGGACUAGAGAUUUUACUAAAUAAAGCCACGUAGGGCCUGGAGGUUUGGGCCAGUGGUGGGGGUCUCUGUAGUCGCCUCCCCUCUUCCAUCCUCUUUUUCUUCCCAGAGGUGGAUGUGGAACUGAGGGCCACGUUGUGGGCCUGAGGGACCCACUGAUUUCUGACAUUUGAAGAAAACAUAAAUCUUUCUUAACCAUGAAAGCAAAAGCCUUUGGGUUUAUUUUGGGAUAGUUAGGAGCUGGGGUAGAAUAUACUUUUUUUCCAACGAUUUAUAAACAAAAUGCUUAGGCCCUCUAUUUUAAGAUUUUUGAAAAAACGUUAUGUUAUAUUCUGGGGAAAGUUAAAAAGCAAUUGUUUCCAUUAAGCCAUCAGAGAAUGUCUCAGACAUCUGGUUACACGUGAAGAAGCGAGUACAUGUUUUGUUUUUUGGUGAUGUUUGAUGUAAUAAUAAUCAACGCUGGUUUAACUCCUGGUUAGUUCCUGCCAAAUAUAUUGCAUGGGCUGAAAUUUCAGUAGCCACCUGUUCUUAUAUUCCUUGGUCCAAGGAUCAGGUUCCUCUGAUUUUUUAAAAAUGUUGCAGAGAUUUGGUGAUCCCUAAACAAGAGGGUUCCAACCGAGUCCAGCCAGUCUUUUCUCUUUGUAUAGAUCACACACACAAACUGCAGAUCACGUAUUCAUAGGCUGGUGGAUUCCAACCACAAACUCAGACAAAUUAUGUCACCGUUUAAUCACUUCUCCCAAAACAUUCACACACAGUACUGCAUGAAUAAGUGUUACAGAAAGCUGCCAAAAAAUAAGAGACAAGUUUUUCAUAUGACCCAUUUAAUUUUCAUCUUCUUUUCCUCAGACCAUCAGUAUUAAAUAGAUUUUAAAAAAUCAAGGACUACUUGAAGCUAUUUUUGUUAAUAUUCUGGUUACUGAAGUUUACUGUAAAUAUAUAUGUAUAGUAUGCAUAUUUCUUUUUAACCUUCUGCUUCCCUCCUCCCCAUAGAAUUUCUUCCCCUACAGUAUAGCCUCCUGUCCCUGGGCUGAGGGACAAGCCAGACCAUCUCUCACCACUGGGCGUCUCCAUACACCUGAGUUACAGUAGCAUUUUAAGCUUCUUAGCAUUGAUGGGAUUAGAAGUCUGUUUUUGCUAUUUAUGAUAUAUGAAAAAUGAAACAUGAUACCCUUUCUUGAGAUAAGUAUGUGAAAAUGUUUAUUUUUAAGAUUUUUUAAAGUUACUAAAUGCGUCUUGUCUAACUACCACAUGCACUGUUCUAAAAAAGAGCCUUUACCAUCUGUAACCUGAAUUUUGGUUAUUCUUUCUUUUCAUGCUUCUUUGGUUUGAAGUUAUGGAAAUACUAAGACUUGUGUUAAGGCAGAGUCCUCUCUGUUACACAGCACUGAGCUUCAUGCCACUGCCUGCGUGGUGGUGGUUGAGCCCGAGGUGAGACUCGGAACGUUGUUCCGACGGGCAGCUAACGGUAACAGGAGUCUGACCCGGCCCUGGUUUGGGUGCAGAAGUGAGCUAGGGGAGGGAAUCCUUUUAAAUCUCCAGAAUGAUGAUGGUUAGUGAGUAAAUGUUCAAUUUUAUAUCCCACAAACACCUGCUGGCUUGUCUGUGCUGUUCUGAGGAGUAAUAAAUGGAAAGCCUUUAAAAACCUGAAUUUCGGAAAAUCUCCUGGAGGAAAACCCAACCCCUCAGCCUGGCUGUGUCCCAGUGGGAUUGCUGCCCCGGCCCCAGGCCAGGCUGCAGUCUGGCCCAGUGCUUCUGCGAGAGUGUUCUGCUGGGCCUGACUGCUCCUCUCUACUUGCUUCAAACAUUGGUUAAAUACUACACAAAAAGAGCGGUGACCCUUUCCUUCGGCCCCGAGGAACGGCCUGGAGAACACAUCUCGGUAUUUGUUCUCCUUCUAAAUCUUUGUGGAAGAUUUUGUUGUUGCCAUUGUUUUUGCAGAAUAAGUUUUUGGCAGUUAAAAAACUACUCAUUUAAGUCACUUUAUAGGAACUCAGCAAUGGAUGUUAAGAGACUUUAUAAUUUUUCUCAGGGACCUGAAACCUGAAUUUGGAUAAAAUUAAAUAAAAAAUACUUGUUUUUCGGUUGCUAGAUUUGUGGAUUUCUAGUCAUUUAACAAGCUGCCAGAAUGGAGGGUGGUGGGGAGAAGAGAUCACGAAAUUGUAAGAAUGGAGAGCAAGUGUGUGACCCUCCGUUUGAAGGAAAGAAAGCCUGUUGUUCUCAUAGGGUAACGGGUAUUGUGACCUGGUAAAGAGAUGAAGUCGGAAGUCUUAAAAAACUGUCAGGUGCUCGCUUCGGCAGCACAUGCACUAAAAACCUGUCAGAAGCAAGUGCUGUUCUCCUCCCGUUUGAUCUAAAUGGGUCCUCUCCCUGGUCCCAGCCCUGUCGCCAGGAAGUGGGCGGCACGCGUUACAGUCAGUCACAGCUAGGGUACUCACCCUCCGUACCGGACGUGGCGCAUUUCUCUGUCCUGUUGCUUCUCCUUUGCCUGUUUUCUCUGCUCUUGGCUGCGUCAUGGCCGCGGGGGGCAGCCCCAUACCCGAAGCCCAUCCUCCAAAAUGCAGAGCACUGUUCAUACCACAGGUUCCCAGCCCCAGACAAAGCCGGGACUCUCAGUUCGCCCCUUUAAAGCCAACACAUCCCAUAUUGUGGAAAAUGUCACGGAAGCAGAGAAGUGUAGUUUUGGGGCCACAUUGGGUGUCACAAAGGGAAGCAAAUGACUUUAACAGCAAAUACAGGAAGGGUUUGGAGGUAACUGCUUAGUUUAGUUUGUAAUGCACUUUGUACUUCCUGCCAUGUUAAUGACUUUGCCACUCUGAGCUCUGGAAGCACAAAGGGAUAGACAGCCUUCCCUGCAGAGGCAGACCCGAGGCAGGGAAUGGGAGCCCUGAGCCCCCACCUUCUCGCGCUUCAGAAACCAGCUGCAGCUCUUACCCUCUCCCCCUGUGGGGAGGAGAGUGGAGACUUCUCUGCUCUGUCGCGAUAGGGUUGUUCUCACAGUCAGAGGGUCCCAGACCCUCGCGGGGAAGAGGAGUCCCACCCUGGCGCACACUCAGUGCCCACGGGCCACGGUUAUGUUAACUACAAUGAAUGUGUGCACCUCACGAGCCCUUUGGUGAACGAGAGAGAUCAGGAUGUGUUGAAAGCGAAGAGUUUUCAUUUUAAAAAGAAACCUGGUCCAGAUGACUUUCCUUAUCCUUCUUUGUCCCCAUUCUUUUCCUUGGCGGGGAGUGGGACAUGGGGCAUACAUCAUUGUGUUGACACAGUGUUAUGUCUACCCGUAAUUUUGUGACAACUCCCCAGCACUGUCCCCCAACACCAUUCUCGCCUUGGUGGUGAAAUUCCUCAGUAUUUGUGGGAGUCCUGUCUCUUUGCCCCUAAAUGCUUGGAACCACUUUUCUCUGGAACCACUCCCACAUUUGAUUUGGGUUAAAAGAUAACAGCAGAAUGGUGUGUGGACAUGGAACUGUUAGGUCUUCUUGGUCUCUUGGUUGAAACUGUUUAUUUAAAAGCCCCACCAAGGGGUCUAUCACCUUGUUAUCCGUCCAUACUUAUUACCUAUUUAUCAGCCCUCUUAGGUCAUAGAAAAGUUACACCUUUUGAACCAAGUAAUUGUAUUUACUAGGGGAAAGGUGUGUGCUACAGAUUAGUAUUAUAUUAUUUUAAUGGAUUUAAAGUAAUUUAUAAGUAUGCUGAGUGUAAAUUUUUAAAAGACUAUGUAUUGUAAAAGGACAUAUCCUGUGAAAUAUAAUAUUUUACUGUUAAACAGAAUAAUUCUAUAAGAAGAAUGACUUAUUUCACCCACAGAACCGAUUCCAUUCCUGAUACAAUCAACAGGCACUUUGUAUUUUUUGGGGGUGGGGGGGAGCAAGACAUCAUCUGUAUAAAGUCCAGUUUGUGUCACUGAAAAUAUGCACUGUAUGGCUACACAAAAGCAGCUUGAACAAAUCACUCCAAUGGCUCAUUAAAGAACAAAAGCUUCCA